AUGUCUGCUGUAAAGACGAAGGUUGAGAGCAUCAUUGCCGAUCACUGUGUUGUCGUGUUCUCGAAAUCAUACUGCUCCUACAGCAGAGCCUCGAAGGCACUUUUGACAGAACUGGGCAUACCUUUCUUUGCACUUGAGUUGGAUCAAAUCAAGGACGGCACCGCUAUCCAACACGUUCUCGAAGAAAUCACCUCUCAGCGCACCGUGCCCAACAUUUUCAUUGGCAAAAAACACAUUGGUGGCAACUCCGACCUGCAAGCCCGCAAAGCUGAGCUUCCCGCCCUCCUGCGAGCUGCAGAAGCUCUCAAAGCAAAUGUCUAA